CUCGCCCAGCAAGGGCUCCAUCUCCUUGCCCGCCAGGCUGCUGCGAAUGGAACUGGAGUCCCUCCUCCACCGCUCCCCCAACAGUCUCUGGAUCUCUCUAGUUAUCCGACGACGGGCCUGCAGCAGUUCGGAUUGUUCAUCAUCAUCUUCUUCCCGGCCCUCUCGGUGCUGCUCGUCGGGCUCCGCCUCUACGACCGCAUCAAGACCAAGUCGUUUGGCGCUGACGAUGCCUUUAUCGUCACGGCAGCGGUCCUGGCAGCGGUCGAGGCCGUCUUCUCGUACGCCAUGAUGAAGCUGCAGUAUCUCGGCAACCACGUGUGGCAGCUCCCGACGGAGCCGUACGACCCCAAGGUCGGCGCCAUCGGCAACUACAUCGUAGUGCUGCUGUACAACCCGGAGCUGGCGCUGGUCAAGUCGUCGGUGCUGUUCUUCCUACUGCGGCUCGGCGGGCACCAGCUGGGACUGCGGCGGACGAUUCAGGUGCUCAACUGGACCAACAUGGCCCUGCUGGUGGCCGUGCUGUUCGCGUCCAUCUUCACCUGCGUGCCCGUCCACAAGUACUGGGACCCGACUGUGCCUGGCCACUGCAACAAUGAGGCCGAUCAGUACCUCGUCACCUCGGGCCUGACUAUUCUCACCGACGUCCUCGUGCUCGUCAUCCCUAUCAAGAUUGUCGUCGGGUUGCAGGCCGCCAGGAAGCUCAAGGUCAUCCUGGCCUGUCUGCUGUGCUCUGGCAUCGUAGUCACAAUUUUCAGCAUCCUCCGCAUCCGCUCCAUCUACUUGCUGUACUACCCGCCAGCGGACCCCGGCCCGGACCCGACGUACGACAUCAGCUUCGUGUACUCGACGGUCGAGUGCAACCUGGCCAUCAUCACAGCGACAAUCCCGCCGCUGCACGGUCUGCUUCGGCGGUGGUUCCCACGCUUCAUGCUGGCAACAUCAGCACGGAGCGCCGGCGGGUACAACGGCGGGUACAACCACGGGCCGUACAUUGGCGGCGGGUCGGGCUCUCGCGGAGGUCUCCAGACGAUCGGCGGGUCGGGGGGCGUCGUGGCGCUCAAGGACAUGAAGAGCCCGACGCGGUCGCAGCACAACCACACGCGCCUCAACAGCCUGACCAACAGCGAGGAGGAGAUCCUGGGCAAG